UUGCAUAAUAAUACUUAGGUAGCUCUAGGCUUCUCAGAAAUCGUAGCCUUUCGGUGAAAAUAGAUGUCAAAAUGGAGUCCGCAGCCCUCAUGAAACCAUGACUCAAAAAUGAUGGCGUAAUAAACAUUGGUCACGUGUCCAAUGUUGUAUGCGGCAGAGCAAUCGGUGCACGUAUCGUAAUUCAAUGAAAUUCUUCAGCUUCCUUGAGAUAUAUAAGUCAAAAGCAGCAGACACCACGGGUCAUUUUCAAGGAAAUACGGAACGCGAUGAUUGAACUACGACAGGACUCUCUCCAACAAAGCAAAUCUCUUCGAUGGAUCAGCAUUUUGCUCGGUGCUAUUCUUGUUGCUCUUGGUAUACACUCGUACGUCUUGAUCCGAAGAGAUUUCAAAGAGCAUUCGUUAUCCUCAGAAUUGAAGGAGCUGAGAAAAAUGGUGGAGGAAUUGUCUUCCAAAGUAGCUAAAACAGAGGGAGAAAACGAGAAUUUAAGAGAAGAGCUCUUUAACACAGAGAUCUCCCGCCAGCGAAGGAAUCCUAAUCAUCACCCUUGCCAUUUGUUGAAGCACUGCAAGAAAAAACACCAUAAAACUGCUGAAGAAGGAUUAAAUUGCACUUUGGUUAUGAAAUGCCAACCAGAAGCAUUUAUACAUAUGUCUGCAGUCGGCUUAAGCAAGGACGAUAUCACAAAAGUGUUGAAACAAGGCAAUCGAAAAACUCUAUUGUCUUGGGGCAACUACGAUCCACUAAUAAGCAACAAAAUCAUGUCACCUCACAGGGACCAACUCCUUUUUAAACUAGAGGGCUGGUACUCAGUUUAUUUGAAUCUCAGAGUAAGUGCGAACAUAACCGAGGUUAAAGUUGUAAAUGUCAAUGGAACAGGAGAGACUAAGCCGAUGUCUUUCACACCAAUACCCUCAAUUGACACCAGCGGUAAAUAUUUUGGGACUGUUCACAUAUCUCGACUACUAAAGAUAUCCAGGAACACUAUAUUGUCUGUUCAAGUGGUGUUCAAAGCUAAGGGAAAGGUCCAAGAAGACCCUAAAGAGUUAUUUCCCAAUUGUGGAGGAUCAAAUUCAAGGAUGCAAGAAGACAACUUUGGAGCUUUUCUGGUGAGUUAAACAAAAACCACACAACCACGAGAUGAACGUGGCUUCCAUUUUCUACCGUCAUUUUGAAGAGGGAUGGAUCACGGCGGUAAAAUUCCUGAUGGAAUUAAUUUUAAUAAACACUCUCCUUUUGGACGAGGGAUUAUUUCCUCGUUAACAUGAAUGCUGUUAAUGACGACAUAAGCCAAAAGAGCAGGUCAAACUAAGUAAUCGGUCUCAAUAUGAAUAUAAUGUGAAGGGUAUUAUCUGUGAAAUCAGUCUGUAAACUUAAUAACAAGAGAAAAGAAAAGUGGAAUUAACAACUUUUACAUUUUUGACUUUGCAAGCUCUUUGGAUUUAUUGAAAUCAAUGAUUGUAGUUCUAUAGUUCUGUCAUUUGUGCUUAGUUAUGUUAAAAUGCUGGACUCGUAAAUUGUGAUUUUGUUGUAAGUUAUGUAAAUAUGCAAUCCUUUGAAAUCGAGCACGUUUUGAUUGAUUGUCGAAAAACCAAAACUGAAGUUAUUGUGAGAGCCAGUCAGAACAAAUAGAACAUGAAUCACGAGGGGCUGACUAAAACUCUAAGUCUCUCUGGAAGCGCGGUAAAACGAGAGUGAUCGAGUCGCCAUUCGGUUUUCGUCUAACAUCUGAUUGGUUAAGAGAAUGGCGCAAGUUUUCCCGACCAAUCAGAGCAAAGUAAUGCAGAAACAAAGCGAUCCCGAAUUACUUUCGACACUCGAUUGAAAUUGGUUAAAAUAAAAUGAUUGUAAAUACAGCACCAGGCAGACUCACCCAACGCGGUAACGAGGUGUUUAUGUCGUUCCCACGGUAUGCACUGCGUUGUCCUGAGGACAAGAUAAUUAGGAUGGAAGUGAGAACAGGUAGCUUAUCUGUAAAUAUAACUUGGGGUUGACGAGUCAUCGAAUCCAAUCCAUGACUGAAUGAAAAAUGAUCUGUAAACAUGACCAAUAAACAGUUUAUUUUACA